AUGAACUCUACAGUGAACUUCAUCGCAUUUGAAUCACCUACAAACUCCACAACUCCAGUUUUCGACCUGCUCAACAUUCUGGACAUUUUUAAUCUCCUGUUUGGUCUUCCUACACACUCCUAUGUUAUUUGGCUGAUCGUCACAGGAACAGAAAGCCAAAUCGCAUCUGGAUUCUUCAACCUCAAUCUCUCGGUUUGUGACUUGCGAAGCUUCCAGGAAAGGACUGAAAAGGCAAAUUCUGAGAACAUGAAUAACUCUACAUUGAACUUCACACAUGAAGCACCUACAAACUCCAAAAUUCAGUUAUUUGGACCAUUUGAUUUUUUCCUGUAUGUCUCCAGUUUUCUUUUUGGUCUUCCCACACACUCCUAUGUUUUAUGGCUGAUCUUCACAGGAACCGGAGGUGGAGUUGCAUCAGAGUUCUUCAACAUCAAUCUCUCCGUUUGUGAGAUUGGAAACUGUUUGAAUGUGAUAUUGACUUUUCUGUCACUUUUAUCUUCUAGUCUUAACGUAAUAGCAGAUUUUUUGAAAGGAAUUGCAAUUGCUGGCCGUUGUAUGUUUCAGUGUCUGAUCUGUGUUGAACGGUACCUGGCAGUGGUUCAUCCUGUAACCUUUCUGAAGUACAAACCUCUCAGAUACAGACUGAUCGGCAGUGCUGCGAUCUGGAUAAUCAUUAUUGUUUCCGGUUUGUUCUCCAUGUUCACUUCGUUCUCAAAUAACGAUCUGGCAUAUCGAUGUUUUUUCUCAGCACAGUUCCUCGUCUCAAUCUUUGUCCAGUUGUUUUGUCUUGUGGUUGUUCUCAGAGCUCUGAAGAAGUCAGGACCGGGAGAGAGUAAGAGAGAGAAAGAGGAAAAUCACAUGAAGAGAAGAGCGUUUCAUCUGAUUCUGAUCAUUACAGUAACCAUGAUUAUUACAUAUGUACCAUAUACAGUGAUAGGGUUGUCUUUCAUUUUGACUGGGAUGUUCAUUAGCGAACUCCUUAAAUUUAGUUAUAUUUGUUUUGUGUUUGCUGGUUUUGUUUAUCCUCUUCUUUAUCUGCACCGGGUUGGAAAACUGUCCAUUCUAAGUGUAUUCUGUGCAUGUGUAAAUUGA